CAGUAGCAGCCAAGUGCCUCCCCUGUAUAUAAAGUGUUGGCGCCGGCGCGAGACGUUCACUUCAUUUCAAACUGAGCUAAAAGAAAACCAGGAAUAUACAGCAUUACAAUCUGAUCUACAGCAUAAUGACCAGACGAAGUGGACGCCUUCAAGCUAAAAACGAAAAUGGAGCCACUCAUACAGACAAGAUAACAAAAAUCAAGAAGCAAUGCAACAGGAAGAAAGCCCUGACCAAAAGGCUAAAUUGUGAAACUCAGAACCUCUUGGCCCAAGAGGGAACGUGCAAAGCUGAAGUCAUCUCUGAAACCCCGGUGAAUGGGCUUCAUGAUGCAAUUGAUCGGCCAGGCUUGUCCCAAUGUUCUAGACCAUCUCCUCUGCCCGGACUCAGCUGGGGGAGUUCGGAGGACGUGUGGGUUAACAUGCUGAGUAAGGAGACGAAGUAUAAACACAGUAAUACCUGUUUGGAGACGCAUCCGAGACUCCAGCCCAAAAUGAGAGCAGUUCUACUCGACUGGCUCAUGGAGGUAUGUGAGGCUUAUCUGCUUCACAGACAGACGUUCUACCUGGCGCAGGACUUCUUUGACCGAUUCAUGCUCACCCAGGACGACACGGAAAAGGAGCGGCUGCAGCUCAUCGGCAUCACAGCUCUCUUCAUCGCCUCCAAAAUCGAGGAAAUUUAUCCACCCAAACUGACGGAGUUGGCCUACGUCACAGACGGCGCAUGUCUUGAAGAGGAAAUCCUGCAAAUGGAGCUUAUUAUGUUAAAAGCAUUAAAUUGGGACCUGUGUCCUGAAACUGUUGUUUCGUGGAUGAAGCUUUACAUACAGAUGGCCUCAGUGUAUGAUUUCACUAAUCUACUGGUGCCACAGUUUUCCCAAGAGACGUACAUACAGAUUACACAGCUUUUAGAUUUGUGCAUCCUUGAUAUCGACUCACUGGAGUUUAAAUAUGGCGUGCUGGCCGCAGCUGCCUUUUGCCACUUUAUAUCUUUUGAAAUCGUACAAAAAGUAUCAGGUUUGACCUGGGAGGCAGUAGAGAGCUGUGUGAACUGGAUGGCUCCUAUUGUCGAGACCAUGAUGGGUUACGAGAGUGCAAAGCUUAAAAAUUUUGCUAAAGUCUCUUUCGAGGACCGACACAACAUUCAGACCCACAUCAACUACCUCUCCAUGCUGCAUGAAGCGCAGCAAAAACGCGUUAGUCGCACAAAUGGCAUCUUACCACCGACACCACCGAGCAGCACAGAGAAAUCCAGCGCACACAGAGAUCAGUGCUGCAGUCUGGCCGGUGCUUCUCUUCACUAAAGCUACCGCACCAGGCUGAAACAGUCUUCAUUCUACAGUGAGCGGGAGAAUGAGAUGUUGUAUAAUGUGAAUAGGAAGGUUGACUUUUUUUUUUUUUUAAACUCAGCUUCUAUGAACUGCAUUUCACUUCACCCCAAAAAAAAAAAUUUUACUAUAGAUAUAAUUCACUAAGAUAUAAUUAAAGUACAUCCUCAGGGAUUUUAUUUGCAUCACUGCUAGAGUAGUUUAUUAAAAAGUUUGAUGACUUAAGAAGAUGAACUUUUUAAAAUAUUUUUGAAACCAAUGUGACCCUGGAAGACGUAACGAUUUUAAAUCUUGUCCAUUCCAGCCAUCUGUAUUCACGUAUAAUGUGCAAUAUUCCAUGCUAUGUAACUACUAAAAUGACCUGUAAUGGUACUGUAAAAGAACCAAGUUACCAGUGUCUUAAAAUAUUAUGUAUAAUUUUUAAUUCUGACAUUUGAACACCUGUGAGCCUGAUUUUUUUUUUCUUAAAUCAUUUUGUAAAGCAUGUACAGUAUUCGAUGAAUUUGUACAGAAUUAACCUAUUUCAACUUUGCUAUAGCUAUUAAAUUUUGAUUUGUUACCACCCAAGAUCCAAAUUAGCAAUUGAAGGUUUGAGAUCAGUUCGACAGCAUCCAUUAACACACUGGUCAUAAUGUAGUGCUAGGCCUGGGUGUUCUGUGCUGUUGAGUUUAGCUUUAUAAAAUAGCAGAUAGUCGCGUCGUCUCUCUCUCUCUCUCCCCCCUUUUUUUUUGUUUAAAUAAGUGUGAAUAUGAAUAUUUUGAUCACAGGUCAAUAGUGUAUAUUUGUAAAAGAAAGUUACAGCGGAAAAUACUGGAGUUACUGAAUGUAUUUAUUUGUGGGUGGGGUUUUUUGCUGUGAAUUUACUUUAAAAGUAAAGUUUUGCCAUGGCUUGAAGGAAUUUCUUCUUUCUCUUCUGAGCAGCGAGCUGCAAAACUUCCUCUGGGUUACUGGAGUUGAGCUCCGUCUGGCCGAUAGCCUUGAUCUGUUCAAAUAAC